AUGUUUUUCGAACUAUCUGCGAGACAAGCACCCGAAUUACCGCCACCCCCGCCUUCGAAAGCGUACCUUGAGGAGAGCUAUGCACCCAAGAUGCUGGCUGUGGUUGGAACUUUGUUCGGAUUGGCGAUGAUAUCCGUGCUGUUACGCAUAUAUGUAAGGACUACCAUUCUCAAGACUUUUGGUGUCGACGUAUUCAACUUGAUUAGCGACCUCCUUCUCGCGCUCAUGCCUAUGCCUAUAAUAUGGAAGAUGCAGAUGAACUUACGCACCAAGAUAUCACUGUGUAUCAUCUUGGGAUUGGGGUUGUUCACCUGUAGCGUUGCAAUUUACAAGAUUCCUCUCCAAUUUCACUUCUUCGGUCAGUCAGAUUUCUCGGGCCAGGGAGCAUGGUACUACAUCUGGCAACAAAUCGAGAUGAACGUCGGCAUCCUCGCAGCCUGUCUACCCACCCUCAAGCCCAUAGCCGCCAACUCCUUCGGCAUGGUCAGCGCUUUGGAGUCGAGCAAUCGACAUCCAUCACGGUACCAGACUACCGGGCCAUCCCGACCGUACGUCUCAAACGGAUACAUAAGGCAAUCUGAGCGCAGUGGUACACAUUCGUAUGCAAUGGAGGAUAUGGAUUGCAGCAAUGAUGGUUCACUCAUGAGCAGCACGGCCGACAAGGAAUACCCUGACGUUGGAGUAGCACAUACGACGACGCACAUGGGUCGGGUGAGUCGUGCGGUGGGGAGUGAGAAUAGUAUCUUGCCUGCGCAGAAAGGCAUUAUGAGGACUGUCGAAGUCCAGAUUCAUGAUUCAGAUGUUUGA